CCAAACCCAUUGCAGUCAUAUUGCUGGAUGCAAACUUCCACUUCCUGAAUGACACAAUCUCAGAUGUUUCUUUAGGAGCAUUUGUGAAUAGUUAAAAUAUUUUGGAAUGAGAGUUAGAGUAGCAGUAAUGUUGUGUCUGGUUGGAUCUAGAGCAGUUUUGGAUGCAGAGCUAGAGCUGCCACCAUUCAGAUGCUUUUCGGGGCUUUCAGAGCUUUUUGCACGUUUACAUAUUCCAUCAGCACUGCUUAUGCUUGGCCUGGACUAAUGAACAUCUGCCCCCUCCUCUCACAUGUUGAGGCUCUGUGAGGAGGCCACCCCAAAUGACCUUGGUUGCACCGGUAGAGCUAGGAGCCGUGGUCUGGCCCUGAGCCAUUGUAAGUACAACAACACACACGACAAGUCUGCGCAUGGGCCGUUGGCUUCGACCCUCUGAAUUCACUCUGGGACGGAGGCCGAGGGGGUCUAGUCGGCAGCUGACGCGAUGAUAAAACGGGUUAUUUCGGGAGCGUGAGCAAGGCAGGCGGCGCACGGGAGUUUCCUUUGGCUUGGCGAGUGAUGGAAGUGUCAGAUGGGCAUAUGAACACACGUUGCAGGGUGACUGCCUGGCAGCGGCGCUAACAGGCGAGUAGCCUGAGCAGCGUUACCCCGAGCCAGAGGACGGCAGACACUCCUCCCUCUCCUACACACAGUUUGGGUUGUAGUCUAACUGAAAGCCGCCAUCAUUUUGUGCUGCAAGGACGAACAAAUGUCUUCCAACGGUGACCUGCAAGACGUUGGGAGCUAUGGCAGUUUCUGGGAGCCGGGGAACUACAAGCGCACGGUCAAGCGCGUCGAUGACGGCUAUAAACUGUGCAACGAGCUGGUCAGCUGCUUCCAGGAGCGAGCCAAGAUCGAGAAGGCCUACUCCCAGCAGCUAUAUGACUGGUCCAGGAAGUGGAGGGGCGUGGUCGAGAAAGGCCCGCAGUAUGGCACACUGGAGAAGGCCUGGCAUGCGUUCAUGGAUGCGGCGGACAAGCUCAGCGAGAUUCAUGUGGAGCUGAAGGAACGGCUGGUCACCGAAGACAGCGAGAAGAUCCGCAGCUGGCAGAAGGAGGCAUACCACAAGCAGAUAAUGGGAGGCUUCCGGGAGACCAAAGAGGCAGACGAGGGCUUCCGCAAGGCUCAGAAACCCUGGGUCCGCAAGCUGAAGGAAGUGGAGGCCUCAAAGAAGAGCUACCACCAGGCCCAGAAGGAGCAGAGGACGGCGGAGACACGCGAGACCCACGCAAAGGCCGACCCCACCAAGUCCCCGGAGGAGGUGCACAAAUUCACGGCACGAGUGGAGAAGUGCAAGCAGGAAGCGGAGAAGGCCAAAGAGCGGUAUGAGAGGACUCUGGAGGAGCUGAACCGUUGCAACCCACGCUACAUGGAGGACAUGGAGCAGGUGUUUGAGAUCACGCAGGAUGCCGAAAAGAAGCGGCUGCUCUUCUUCAAGGACGUGCUGCUGGACAUUCACCAGCAUCUGGACGUCUCCAGCAACGAAGGGUUUAAGGCUCUGUACCGUGAUCUGAGGCAGAGCAUCAAUGCUGCCAGCGACACGGAGGACCUGCGGUGGUGGAGGAACACCCAUGGACCCGGAAUGAGCAUGAACUGGCCCCAGUUCGAGGAAUGGUCUCCGGAGGCUAACCGCCCUAUUGGCCGCAAAGAGAGGAAUAGCCGCACCAGUGAUGACGUGGUCACCUUGACCAACAUCGUCUCUGCUACGGAUGAAGCUCCUCCAUCUCCACAGAACGCCACCAGAGCGCCCAAAGACUACUCCUCGGACUGGUCUGACGAAGAGAGUCCCAAGAAGUACAUCGCGGCCAAUGGGAUGGAGGCUGAAGAUGAAGAGAAGGUAGCAGGCGUGCGUGUUAGAGCGCUGUAUGAUUACACUGGGCAGGAGUCUGAUGAGCUGAGCUUUAAAGCAGGGGAUGAGCUGCUGAAACUCGAGGAAGAGGACGAGCAGGGCUGGUGUAAAGGGCAGCUGGAAACCGGUGCGGUGGGCCUUUACCCUGCUAACUACGUCCAGGUCAUUGGUUCACGAUGACCAGCCCCGUCCAUAGGUGAUGCCCACCACCCCUCCUCAAGGAGGCCACACCAAAUGGAAUAAGACAAACAAAACAAAAAGGAAGUUGUGGGAGUGGCAGCCACACAGAGGCCACAACCUCCCAGAGCUAUGGAAGCUCAGAAGUUCAGAACUCUUUGUCGACAGACCAGAGCAAUAAGGAUCACGUUGCCAUCUUUUACUCAGAUCCUUCCGCUUUUGUCAGAGAUGCUACCGGUACAGAGCCUUCACUGGACGACAUCGGAGAGGAAAGCAGAACACAGCUGGAGGUCUCCUGUAGCAUCACCAGUAGCACUAGCCACCAGGCUGACCCUUUGGCUUACCCUAACCUACUGCAUGGAGAGAAACAUGGGGUGUCUCUAUGACAGGUUACUGGGAGAGCAGAUGAUUACUGUAACUUCUUUCCUGCACAGUCGUCUUUUUAGUCAGUUAUCGCAUUAAUUUCAAGUAUUUAUUUUUGAUCGGAUCAAAUUUGCUUCGCUUUCCUUUGAAUUCAUGUUUUGGCCAAUGUUCGUUUGUUGGCAUGUGCAUAUUGUUUCCUUUAAUAUGUUUGGCAGCCAAGGACACUUGGGUGAAACUUAGGAUGAAUUUCUUUGGCUGGUUAUGCAGAGAUGCUAGUUAUAAGUCAUAAGAAGAUGAGCUUCAGUAGGGUUCCUGAUACUGACUACAAAGCAUAUGCAUUUUUCUAACCUUUCAUUGAAGUGUGAAUGGUAUUUUUCAUAGAUUUAAUGUGGAUUUGUACAGAAAAGACAUAUAUAAAUCAAAAUGGGUAGAGGGCCUUUAUCAUCCUUUGAAUUUCCAAAUGUUAAAGUAAUUUCUGUUUUUGGAAAGGAGUUCCAAAGUCAAAUAGACCUUUUAAGUUUUUUUAAAUUAAUUUUUUGUUUUUAAUUGGAGACUAAAACUUCCUUUUUCCGCCAAACGUAAUAGACUAAAUAGAAAUGACUUUGACUUAUUCGAUUGGCAAACUGCACAGCAGGGGAGGUCUGCAUGUGUGUGUAUGUUUGCCUGCUGUGUGUGUGUGUGUGUGUGUGUGUGUGUGUGUGUGUGUGUGUGUGUGUGUGUGUGUGUGUCAGUCAGAGGAUAUAUUUCUUCUAUGUGUAAGAAGAAUUAAUCAGUUUUUGAUGUUCUGGCCUGCAGAGCUCUGAAUAAGGAUUUGUAUUAUAACUACUGGAACAUCCUAUACUAAUCAAUAUAAAAUCCAAAUAAACGCACAUGAACUGAC